AUCGUAGACGGGACCAAAAAACCAAACCUGAAUCCGGCUGAUCCCUAAAACCAAAAAUUCCCCCAACAAUUUUACUCGCGCGGGGCUCAUCGUCGCCAUGGACGGCGAUGCGGGCGGCCGGGGAGACGUGACCUUCGCCGGUCCCGGCGGCGGCCGUUCCCCUCGCCCCCGUCGACCUGUCCGUCGGGGAACCAGAUACCCUGUUUCUUCUUCUUCUUCUUCUUCUUCUUCUUCUUCUUCUUCUUCUUCUUCUUCUUCUUCUUCUUCUUCUUCUUCCCUGGAAGGAGGAGAAGGGUUGGGAGAAGAAGGGCGCAGCGAGGAAGAUCGACCUCGUCGGAGGAUCAUCCGCCUCGUCCGUCCAGGUCUAGCAGCUUGGAUCCCCGGAUGUGCAUCAGCUGAUCGUAGGCCUCGUGUUCGGCAAAGUGUACUUUAUUCAGACCGCCCCAAACGGUCCCAAGGAAUACGAGGACAAGUACAAUCAAAAACCAAAUCACUGGAUGAGAAGAAUGUAAGCGAGGUGAGUAGUGAGCUUGGCACUACAACUGCAGACAUUCCAAAAUUCAAGGCACUGAUGAUAAAUGACUCACUCUCUAGGCUUGACUCAACUGAGAGGUCCAAUGAGUCUACUUAUGAUGCUGGCACUCCUGGCAGCAACCAAGUGACCUCAAAAUUUGUUAAGGACAAGCCCAAAGAUGAUUCAGAUGAUGUGGAGGAGUGUCUGCGCCAACUACAGGAAUACUACUCUAAAGGGCAUGUCCAUACCAGCAUCGAGGAUGCUUGGAAUGAAGUUGUAGCUUACGAGCAUGUUGCUUUAACCGCCCUAGCUCUUGAGUGGGGUAUGGAACCACCACCGGAUCCCUUCCAGAAGCCGAAGUCUUCACUAGUUGAUCAGGAAGCCCAGACACUUCGGGCACCACAGCAGACUUCUGAUGCUGCUCAGCAUAACAUAGUGUCAUGCAAGGAGGAACCGUCUCAGCAAAUUUUGCCCAUUCAUCAACCAAGGACCGAGGUUUCUAUAGAAGAAAUUGUUGAGAGAGGGAAAAAAUGGAUGGGCGAGGAGGUGAUGGUGGCUUUCAAGAAAUAUAUUGAAGGAAAAGCUGAUCUUGCGGGACAUCAAUAUCACCUUGAACUUUGCCACCAGUGUUUCCAUGUGGAAAGCUAUUUCCAAAAUUUCCACCAUUAUAAUUUUAAUGUCAAGAUAAAAAAGCAUGAUUCAGAUGAGUGGUCUGAGUCAAUGUAUUUUGCUGAAGUAAAGAUGAUAUUCAGGAGAAAAUAUUACUUCUGCUGUCCCUUGGAACCACGUGAGAAUGGUCACUGUUAUGCAUGCAGAAACCAAGGAAUGGAUGACCUGAGGCUGAGGCAUCCAGCUACAGGUGGAUUUGAGAUGGGCUCACCUGACACUGUAUUUCCUUACAUGUAUACCAGUGACUGAGCUCGUGUUACCCAAAAAAGAUGUGUAUAUGGAUGAUGGUUUGGAGUAAUCACUUAGAUUAUCAUGAUAUGUUGGAUGCUGACAUAGUUUGUUUUCAGCAGCACUAUUUCGCUCACAACACUUGUUGUAGUACUGAAGUCUAAAAUAUUGUGCAACUCGUUUGUCUGACAGUAUUGUGAUGAAAUUGGUAUGCAUGGUUGAACAUCCAA